AAAAGUCUACGAAGGGUGGGUGGGUUUUGGAGUCUGGAAAUGCGUUCAACACGAAAGCACCAUCUCCCAAUCAAAAAAUUACUCAUCCCAAACAAUCCUCAAUUUCCAACAACUGAUUCAACCACAGAUCAUCAACUUUCUAUACAUAAAUGUCCACAUACUAGGGUUUCUACUUGAUUGCACUCUUAUUUCUAGGGUUUCUACUUUCUUCGCAUUCGAGCUUGCGAUUGAAGCAACUAUGAGGGCUCUCGAGUUCGUUCCAGGGGUUCCACUUCCUUCCCCGAUCUCGAAUUCAACCCCAGAAGAAGCAGCAGAAGGAGGUGGUUACGGCCCCAGACUGUACGGGUGGUUGUUCGAUUGCCAUGGAUUUUGGCACAACCUUGCUUUGAUUCUGUUUUCGGCUUUGUUCGUCGUGUACUUGGCGUCUCACGCCAAGAAGAGCUUUGCGAAGCUUUCGCAUGGUCGGUCGUAUAUAAUGAAUUCGUAUUACGGUGUUCUUUGGCUCGUUAGCGUUCUCAAUCUUGCUUGGUGCUCACUUCAGGCAUUGGAAUGCACUGCUGGCAAAGAAAUGGCAUGGAACAUCUUGUCUUUGUUUACGACAUCUGGAAUGUUGUUUCUUGAAGUAAGCUUGAUGGCCUUCUUACUACAAGGAAAUCAUGCUAGUGGGCUCGAAGCUUUAACACGUACAUUUGUUGUCUCAGGACUCAUUGUUGGUUUAGAUAUACUUCUCAAGGCCAUCUAUCUUUUCGGAUUUGCAAUCCCUUUGUUCAUUGAUAACUUUGAAGAUCCGCAUAGGCUAAAAUGGGGAUUGUGGGUUGUCCACAAGCUGCUGCUUACUGCUGUUUAUGGCUUCAUAUUAUUCAUCUACCACUCAAGAUGGAGAGAAAGGUUACCUGCAAGACCUACAUUCUACAACUAUGUCAUCAUUAUGUUUUGCUUGAAUUCUAUGGCUCUGUUUGCUUGUGCACUUACCGGACACAGGGCUGGAUUUGGGUUCUGGUUGUAUGAUGUCACAGUUGUUUGCUACCAUUCCUUUUAUCUCCCCCUUCUAUAUGUGACAUUUCUGGCAGACUUUUUUCAGGAGGAAGAUUUACAUUUAGAAAACGUGUACUACUCGGAGAUGAAGGAUGCUGGUUUCUUUGAUGCUGGUUGGGAAUGAUAGAUACGUUAACUUCUGAGGGUUAACUGUAAAUGAGAGAAAUAUGCUCCCCACGGAAUAUGAUUGCUUAGGUUGAAUGUGCAGAUCAAGGGGUGAACCAUGUUUGUAUAUCUUUCUUUCCAGGUAAUUUUGUGAUUCAACUUAAAUAUAAAGUGUACGAUAUGGUAAUGAUUCGUUUAGUAUGUACUGAUUUCUUCCUGAGACUGUUUGUAAUGAUCUUUGGUGAAAAAUAAUUGGAUUGGCUCUUAGGAAUGUAUGAUAAAUAAGAUUGGAAUGUUGUUCCUAAAUAUAUGAAGUAUGAGUACUUAAACAAGCCUUGGAUA